CACGGCUGUAACAAUGGCCGCCUCCGCCACCUCUCUCGUGCUCCUCCUCCUCCUAGUCGCCGGCGGCGAGGCGGUGGCGUCGUCGUCGAACGCGCCGCCGGCGCCAGCGGUGGUGGUGGGCGGGAGGACGGAGAUCAGGGACGUGGGCAGCAACAGGGAGGUGCAGUCGCUGGGCCGCUUCGCGGUCGCCGAGCACAACCGCCGCCUCCGGCACCACGGCGGCGCCGGCGCCGGGAGCACCGCCGACCCGGUCGCCGUGAAGCUGGCGUUCGUCAGCGUCGUGGCGGCGCAGAAGCAGGUCGUCUCCGGCGUGGCGUACUACCUCAAGGUCGUCGCGAGGGAAGCGCACGCCGGCGCCGGAGCCGGCCGGCCGUUCGACGCCGUGGUGGUGGUCAAGCCCUGGCUCAAGUCCAAGGAGCUCGUGUCCUUCGCGCCUUCUCCCAAAUAAUCAGCUCAAAUUAAUGCCUUCAUGAAUCACUUAAUUAAUCGUUGGACUUUAGCAAUUAUUAUGCAUGCGUGAUUUAAUUUGUUUUGCUUCCUUUCGGUUGUAUCCAUGGAAAAUAAUCAUAUAUAAAUAAAGUCGAUCAGA